AUGGCUCUGGCUGCCGCUUUACCACACCCAAAGAUCGUCAAGAAGUACGCUGGUAAGUUCAAGAGACACCACUCUGACAGAUACCACAGAGUUGCUGAAAACUGGAGAAAGCAAAAGGGUAUUGACUCUUGUGUCAGAAGAAGAUUCAGAGGUACCAUUCCUCAACCUAACAUUGGUUACGGUUCCAACAAGAAGACCAGACACAUGGCUCCUUCUGGUCACAAGUCUUACUUGGUGAAGAACGUUAAGGAUUUGGAUGUUUUGUUGUUGCACACCAAGACCUAUGCUGCUGAAAUUGCUCACAAUGUUUCUGCUAAGAACAGAGUCCUCAUUGUUGCUAAGGCUAACAAGAUGGGUCUCAAGGUCACCAACCCUAAGGGUAGAGUUGCUUUGGAAGCUUAA